UGGCCCGGUUCGACUACCUGGUGGGCUCGGUCGAGCCCCGACGUCGGGGACCUCCUCAUCGAGCUCUUCACGCCGCGGCUCAAGGAGGACACCGACUCGGAGCAGCUGCGGCUCGUCAUGGCCGAGACACGCGACGACGAUGAUGAUGAAGAGGACGAUGACGAUGACGAUGAUGAAGAGAAGGCGACGAAGAAGAAGCCGAUGACGAAGAAGAAGACGAAGAAGUCGCGGAUCAUGGGAGCAGGGAGCGCGGCGGCGGACAAGGACGGGCCGUCAGCGAAGCCGAUGGGCCUGAGCCUGGGCAAGAUUUUCGGGUGGAAUGACAAGAAUGAAAAGAGUUCGGCCUCGGCGGCGGCGACGACGACAGCCGAGAACGGCGGCAAGCCCAAGCGUAAGGUCAUGGCCCUCUUACCCUCAUGCUACUGCCCUCUCAAGAAUGCGGACAAGUACGAGACGUUCUUCCCGACGUUCUACCUGGAGGUGUACCAGGCGGCGGAGGAGCUGCAGAAGGAGCUGACGAUGACGGCCGACACCUACAAGGCCGCGCUCAAGCUCUUUGCGCGCCUCAAGGCCACCACGCAGACAGCCCGGCAGGAGCGCAUCGUGUCCAACAUGAAGAUCGCCUUCGUCGAGUUCAUCCAGGACAAGCAGCCCGAGAUCAACUGGCUCAAAAUCAAAUUGCAAAGCAUGUUUGUGUGCCAGGCGAGUUAUCUGUUCCUGGUGCUGUGCCAGCUGCUGUGGGAGAUCCGCAAGCGGCAGUCGCUGUGGCUCAAGCUCGGCAAGUACUGCCUGGCCACCAUCCAGGUCAUGCAGAGCGAGCUCUCCUCCCUCAUCAUCAGCUUCCACAAGGACUGGGUCGAACACAAGCAACGCAUCGAGGAAAUUAUAACGGAGUACAACAAGCUGAAGGCGGAGAAGAACAAGGCGCUCACGAGCGGGUCGCCGGCACAGAACACGGGCCUCGGGGACGAGGACCUGCUGCUCAACUGCGAGCGGAUCGUGCGCGAGUGCGUGAAGCAGGUCGAGUUCAACCUGGGCGAGAUCGGCCUGCGCGCAACCAAGGAGGCCCUCGUCGAGCUCGUCGCCAACCUCGUCCUCGAACGCGCCAAGUGCCACUUGUGA